AUGAAGCUUAAAUUUAGGUGCUAAUGUGACAGCAGAUGGUCCCAUUUUCUGUCAUUAUAAACGACUGUUGGAUGGGCCAAGACACAAACCGAUUAGCAGAGUUUAUCCCACUUCAAAUAAAGAUAUUAGAGAACCACGACAUCCACAUACUCUAUCCAAAGUAAAGAAUAUCAGUUGCUACAAGAACAUUUAAAAUCUUCCUCUCACAACAUUUAAGAGUUUUAGUUUGAAAUUGUAUAUAACUAGUAUUUGGGCCUCCUACAACCAUGAAUCUAGACAGUGUUUCUACCAAAUACUUGAGAGGAUUGGAGUUGUGAAAUCUAAUAGUCUAUCUGAAACCUUUGUAUUCAGAAAAGGUUAUGUGAAACCUUAUGUUUAGUGAAGUCAUGCUGAUGCCUUUAUGUCCACUGGCUGUUAAUUGAAGGUUUAUAUUUAGUGAAGUCAUGUUGAUGCCUUUAUGUUCAGUGUCUGUUAGUUGAGGCAUUUCUAUUCAGUGUAAUUAAUUAAAGAUUAAAUAUAACUUGAGCACAUGAUUUAUGGAGAGUUAAGUGGGAUAGGUGAGCCCAACCAUCAUAAUCUAAGGGGUUGAUUAGAUCCAAGUAGAAAUCUAAGAACAAAUGAAGAACACUAAUUCAACACCUAUUGGUUCCUUGUGGUGUUUCAUGGCAACAACCACCAAAGUCAGACAGGAUUAUAUUACAAAAUAACUCUCAUGCUAAUUAUAUGUGAAUAAAGCUAUCAUAUAAAGUUGGGCGUACCCUACUCUUUAACAAUUUGUUUUAAAUUAGAUUGCUCAACAAAGACAUUAUAUUUGAUGGUGGUAUUAGGUUGCAUACAUCUCAUUUAUAUUCUCCACUUGAGAAAGUAUGAUUGGUAGGUAGGGACGUGUCAAGAGAAGUGAACCAGUGUUGAAUUUAAAAGCUAUCAUUACACAUGCGAUUGAUUACUUGAUCAUCAAAAUCUGAUUUUUAGUCAGAUGAUCUAAUAACUCUGACACAUAGAAGAUAAACGCAAGUAUAGAUCAAUAUUCAAGCCUUUGAUUGGCGAGAGAGUAGAUGCGCUAUAUGGAAAUGCUCCGUUCCCACUCAAGUAGUAAUAUGGCAUGAGGGAAGGUAG